GGCUUUAUUGGAGGAUAUGGCAUAUGGAUCUCGUUCAGUCUGCAGUCCUGUAUAGUGUAAUGACCCUCAUCAGUACCUAUCUAGUAGCUUUUGCAUAUAAGAACGUCAAGUUUGUUCUCAAACACAAAGUAGCACAGAAAAGAGAAGACGCCGUUUCCAAAGAAGUUACUCGCAAGCUGUCCGAAGCAGACAAUAGGAAGAUGUCUCGUAAGGAGAAGGAUGAAAGAAUUCUGUGGAAGAAAAAUGAAGUCGCGGAUUACGAAGCGACAACUUUUUCCAUCUUCUACAACAACACCCUCUUUCUGGUCUUGGUCAUCAUUGCUUCGUUUUUCGUGCUGAAGAACUUCAACCCCACUGUAAACUAUAUUCUUUCCAUAAGUGCUUCAUCUGGACUGAUUGCUCUGCUAUCGACGGGAUCCAAGUAG